AUGAUCAUCCACUUGUGGUCGUCAUACGCCAUGCCGAAGGCUGAGCAGCGCCCGAAGCAUGCAACGCGGUCGGAUCAUGUACCACAGACGACAGACAAGUACAAGACUGAUGGGAGGGAAGGAGAUAAGAAGAGGAAGGCAGAAGAGAGGGCAGAAGUCGUUGCUCGCAAGGAUGUGGAUCUUGAGGGCAAUAAGGGAGGGAGGAGAAGAGAGGAGAAAGGAAAGCUGGAAUGUGCUACAGUGGCGGAAACAUCAAAGGACGCAGACGACGACGUGGUCGAGACGAGAGGUCACUCCCAGAAGAUCACCAGGGGGCAGAGAAAAGCGAACAGAGAGGAGGAAGUCACCAUGCAGUUUGACGGAGAAGAGGCACAGGGAAACGACGCCACUAACAGGGUAGACCCGUCCUCUAAAAAGACAAGAAGCGACACGAAGAGAGACAAGGAUCAUGAGGUGGUAGAAUUAGAAUUGAUAGAGGAUCCUACCGAUGCGGACAAUCCCGCUGCGGCCAAGAAAGCUGCACAAACUACUAGAAGACCUCAGCAAGAGGAGGCAAACGACCACGAACCCAACCGAAGGAAAUCCGCCGACGGUAGAGACAGCAAGCAUCGAGCGGUGGAAGAAGCAUUGCAACCAGAGGGAAGGACGCGGGGACAGUCGAGAAAGAAUGCAGAGCCCCCCCGCGAGAAGGAGAUCAAAGAGCACAGGGGAGAAGAUCCGAUACAGGUGAGCAGUCCAGAUCCCGCCCCCGCAGAUCGCCCUGCAAGGAGCGGGGUGUCUUCUUCAGGUACCAGGGCUGGCCAACAUCAGCAGGGAGCAGCGAGCUCUGCCGAGGCGACAUCCAGCUCGGCUCCAGCUGACGCUGAUGACGGCAGUGAGCAAGUGCACAUGGAAACUGAAACAACGAUAAUUGGCAGUCAGUCCCCUCCGCCUGAGCGAGCGCCAUGCCCCCCUGUUACUCCCUCUCCCAAUCACAGCGACGCUGCGCAGCUGAAAGAGGAGAGAGAGGAUGCUGAAGGCGUCCACAGAAGCCCUUCGACGACAGAGGGAGACGCCUCGAGUUGCCCGACCAACUCCGACAAGACUGCGAGAGCAGAGGGUAGUGCAGGUCAGGAGAAGGAAGCAGAAGAUACGAGGCCGCAGAAGCGGUUGCGAUCAGGCAGCAAGGAAACUUGUUUCUACAAGUUCAAGGAUCCAAGGGAGGUUGUGCUGGUCUACCCACUGGCGAAGUCGACGGCCAAGAAGCAAGAGGGGCUGAUAACGGUGACGGCAAAGGACUUUGAGACGUUGAGGGAGGAGGAGCUCUUGAACGACACGAUCAUUGAGUUCUACAUCAAGUUCAUCGAGCAGCGGAUGGACGCGCAGACGAGGGAGCGAUGUUACUUCUUCAGCACAUUCUUCUGGAAGAAAUUAUUGCAAGGGAGAACACCGGAGGAGAGGCACCGCAAUGUUGCCACUUGGACGAGAAAGUUGGACAUCUUUGAGAAGGAUUUCUUGUUCAUCCCGAUCUGCCAUGAAGUGCACUGGACUCUUGCUAUCAUUUGCGCGCCGGGUGGAGUGGUCAAUCUAGACAAGGAUGCAGCGAGCGGAGAGUGCAGAGACGACCGGGGGAGGCAGCACACGAUCUUGUACCUCGACUCGAUGGGGGGAUACAUGAAGGACGCAGUGGUGAAGCUGACAGACUACCUCAAGUUCGAGUGGAAGGUGAAGAAGGAGGAGGAGAAAAAGGCUGGCAAGGGCGGGGAGGGCGGGGGCGUGCACUUGUCGUCAUCCCACGGCAUGAGAAAGUGCAUCUGUUCUGCCCGCUGCCUCUUCCUGCCACAGCAGAACAACUCGUGUGACUGCGGGCUGUUCCUUCUCAGAUACAUCGAGCUGUUUUGCGAGAAGUACGUGACCAACCAGAUGAGUUAUGAAGACAUCCAAGAUGAGCAAACGCUGAAAUGGUUUGAGCGCAACGAGAUCUCGAACAUGCGAGCUGAGAUCCAAAACUGCAUCAUGCAACUGAGAGACGAGUGGAAGAGAGAGAACGGAGAAAUUGUAGAUCGCAAUGGAUGA